AUGUUCCUGAUGCCAGCCUCUUCUGAGGUAAACAGUGGGCAGAACUUCUUAGCCCAGUGGAUGGCCAAUCCUUCCCGUGCUGGAGUCAUAUUAAAUCGUGAAUUUCCUAUUACGGAAGCAGAUGAAGAAAAGCGAGCAGCUUCAGAUAUUUCUACCAAUUUUCCUAUUAAAGCGCCACAUUUUUCUAAUAGCUUCAGCUUUAUAACUGAAGAAGAUUCACUUCAUGAAGAACAGAGGUUGGAGUCUAACAGCUCUUACAAACUACAGUCAGAUAAAUCUGAAACCCAUACAGUUUUUCCAUUAAUAAAAAAGGGACCUCAAAUAACAGCAUGUGAGGAUACUCCUGGACACCAAGAAGAUAACAAACAUGAUUUUAUCUCACAUCUUGCAAGUGAAUUCAAAGAAGUGACUUACAAAGACCCACUUUUUAAAAAACUUGAACAGCUUAAAGAAAUACAGCAGAAGAAGCAGGAACAACUGAAGAAACAACAGUUAGAGCAACUGCAAAGAUUUAUGGAAGAACAAGAGAAACUACUCACCAUGGUGUCUGGGCAGCACACACUUCCAGGUUUGGCUUUAUUGCCUGAUGAUCAGAAGCACAGAUCUCCAGGAAAUUCAGCUGCGGGGGAGAGAGCCCUGCCCUUCUCACCAUCGCAUGUCUGCCGGAAUCAAACCCAAGAAAAAACACACUCUUUGAAUAUUUUAUCUGACAAACAAAACAAUUUCUGUAGAGCUACUCAUCAAGAUUUUGUCUUAACUUCAAAAUGUGCACAGUAUCAAGAAGCACUUACGAAAAAAAAUGAUUCAAAGGAAGAAAACCAUAACUGUCCUAAGGGAGAAGGAAUUUUAUCAUGUUGGGAGAAAAUUACAGAACAGAUUCAGGAAGGAAACGAUGUGAGCUUGAAAAAAAUUGGUGACUCCUUGGAAGUGGUUAAUAUUGAAGAAAGGCCUAUUAAAGCUGCUAUCAGAGAACGGAAACAGACAUUUGAAGAGUACUUAGAAGAACAAAUUCGGUUGGAAGAACAAGAACUGAAACAAAAACAGCUAAGGGAUGCAGAAAGACCAUCGCUAAUUAAAGCAAAACCCAAACAGCCAUUCUUAAAACGAGGAGAAGGUUUAGCUAGAUUUACUAAUGCUAAAUCUAAGUUUCAAAAAGGAAAAGAAAGUAAACUCAUGACUGACCAGAGCACUGCAGAGGACCAACCUCUGUUUAAAAUAGAUAGACAACAAUUACAGCGGAAAACUGCUCUUAUAAAUAAAGAACUGUGUGCAGAGCACCCUACUAUUAAAAAGGACAAUAAAGGUAGAACCAAGAUUAGUUCUGCCACCCUCAGUCAGAAAGUGCUUAAGAGUAAUAAUAGGAAAAAUUUCUCUCCAUCAGGAUUGAAAAUACAGACCUGGAAAAAAUGUGAUGGGCAAUUCAGAGAUCAGGUCAAAUUCGAAAAAAAAGUUGAAGCUAAUAAUAAAGAAAAUGUACCUGAGUAUACAAAACCUGGUGAUACUGGUAGCAAAAUGUGGAAUAAGACACAAAGUAAAGAUAGACUUCCUCUUUCACCAGGGCCUGUCAGCUGUGCGGCUUCUAAGAGCUCAAAAAGUGAAAUCAUUAAAGAGGUAGAAUCUUCUCUUGAUAUUUCUCUUCAGAAAAAAUUAGAGACUUGGGAACGAGAAAAGGAAAAGGAAAAUUUGGAAUUAGAUGAAUUUUUGUUUUUAGAAAAAGCUGCUGAUGAAAUAUCAUUUUCUAGUAAUUCCUCGUUUGUGCUGAAAAUCUUAGAAAGGGAUCAGCAGAACUGCAGAGGUCACCGAAUGUCUUCCACCCCUGUCAAAGCUGUACAACAGGAAAAGACUGUGGCAGAUCCCAUAAUUCAGUGUAACCACAGUGAGGAUCUGGAUCAUAGUGUGUGUGAGAAGAAGAGUGAGUGUGAGGUGAUCCCCAAGCAGCUUGGCUCUGUGUCCUCACCUGAUGCGUUGAUGAAACAGUCUUGUGGAAUCAAUAGGAAAGCCUUCCAAAAGAGCAUUUCUGAAAAUCAGACUAGAUGGAAUGCAAGUGAUGAUGAAGGUGUUACAAACAGUGACAGUAGCACUGAAUCUGAGGAACAGCUUGAUGUUACCAUAAAACCAUUGACUGAGGUUAGAGAAAGAGGUUUUAGCAGCAGAGAGGAUAGUCCACACGUCUGCGAUAGCAGGGGGCCUUUUAGGGACACCAAGACACAAGAAGAUAAAAGAAGAGAUGUUGAUCUGGAUUUGUCUGAUAAAGAUUAUAGUAGCGAUGAGUCUAUUGUAAUGGAAAAUGUAAAACAUAAAAUGUCUGAGUCCUCAAGAAGACCCUCAUCUCUAAGUAUUAGUAAAAUUGACUUUGAUGAUGAAAGAACGUGGACUGACCUUGAAGAGAAGUCAUGCAAGCAUGCUAUUGGAGAUGAAGCCAUUUAUAGGACACCCCAGACACAUUACCCUAAUAAGAGUGAAAUGUGUGUCCUGGACAAAACAGUAAAAAGGAAGGUUGCACCAGUCAAGAAGGGAGAAGACUUGAGCAAGUCCAGGAGGAGCGGAAGUCCUCCUCCUCCAUCGGAGUUGAUGGUAAAAUUCUUUCCUUCUUUGAAACCGAAACCAAAGUCAGAUUCAUACUUGGCAAAUGCACCCAAGUUAAACAUAAGUCAAGACCAAUCACCUGGUGACAGUGCUCGAUCCCAGGUUUUGAGAGAGAAAGUUAUUGAAUUGGAAACAGAAAUAGAAAAAUUUAAAGCUGAGAACACAUCUUUAGCUAAACUUCGCAUUGAACGAGAAAGUGCCUUGGAAAAGCUCAGGAAAGAAAUUGCAGACUUUGAACAACAGAAAGCAAAAGAAUUGGCUCGAAUAGAAGAGUUUAAAAAGGAGGAAACAAGAAAGCUACAAAAGGAACGCAAAGUUUUUGAGAAGUAUACUACAGCUGUGCGAUCUUUUCCUGAUAAAAAGGAACGUGAAGAAAUACAGGCUUUAAAACAGCAAAUAGCAGACUUACGGGAAGAUUUAAAAAGAAAGGAAGCAAAAUGGUCAAGUACCCAUGGCCGUCUCAGGAGCCAGAUAGAAAUGUUAGUCCGAGAGAACACAGACCUUCGGGAAGAAAUGAAAGUGAUGGAAAGGUUCCGACUGGAUGCCUGGAAGAAAGCAGAAGCCAUAGAGAGUAGCCUCAAGGUGGAUCCUCGCGGGACUGCUGGGAAGAAAGGCGAGUCUAUGAACCCUUCUGUUCGAUUUCAAAAGAAUCUCAUUUCUUCAGGAACUCAGGUAGAAAAAUACAAGAAAAAUUAUUUGCCAUCACAAGGGAAUCCACUUCAGAGAUCAAAGUCUACACGUCCUUGUGACUUAGGCCAUUCAGAUAAGGGGCAGGCUGCCUCACCCAGGGAAGCACUGGAACCAGUGAACUUCCCAGAUACUGAAUAUAAAGAGAAGGAAGAAAAAGAAGAAGAAAUACAGGGAGAAAUCAGUCAUCCUGAUGGAAAGGUAGAAAAAGUUUAUAAGAAUGGGUGUCGUGUUAUACUGUUUCCCAAUGGAACUCGGAAGGAAGUGAGUGCAGAUGGGAAGACUGUCACUGUCACAUUCUUUAAUGGUGACGUGAAACAGGUCAUGCCAGAUGAGAGAGUGAUCUACUACUAUGCAGCUGCCCAGACCACUCACACCACAUAUCCAGAAGGACUAGAAGUCUUACAUUUCUCAAGUGGACAGAUAGAAAAACAUUUCCCAGAUGGAAGAAAGGAAAUCACAUUUCCUGACCUGACUGUUAAAAACUUAUUUGCUGAUGGACAAGAAGAAAGCAUUUUCCCAGAUGGUACAAUUGUCAGAGUACAACGGGAUGGCAACAAAAUCAUAGAGUUUAAUAACGGCCAAAGAGAACUACAUACUUCCCAGUUCAAGAGACGGGAAUAUCCAGAUGGCACUGUUAAAACUGUAUAUGCAAAUGGUCAUCAAGAAACAAAGUAUAUAUCUGGUCGAAUAAGAGUUAAGGACAAGGAUGGUAAUGUUCUAAUGGACACAGAAUUGUAAUGAUUCUUGUGUGACUAAUCAUGAAGUAACACUAACUGAUUGACUUGUUUUAAAAAUGUACAUUUCUUGCAGAUUCACUCAUUAUAUAGAGUGUCUGUGUGUACAAGUGGAAAAGAUUGUAUGGGUUCUAAAAUAAAAGUUUGCCCUGUAGCAU